CCCUCACCCAGCGCCACAAACUCUCCCACCAAUCCAGACCUCCUCACAUCCCCGUCGUCCUCCCUCUCCUCCGUCUACUGCCGGACAACAGCAAAUCAUACCAGCAGCCUUUUGUCUCCCUCUCCUUUCCUUGUAGCACCCCUCCCUCUCCGUCGUCCUCCACGGCUCCACGCAGCAGCAGGCCAGAGCAGCACGCAUCAGCAGCCGCCAUGGUCCUCCGCGUACAGUAGCAGCACGCACCAGCACUCCCCUAUCGCCCUUCACUCCGCCGUCGCUCAAGCUUCAAGGUCUCGCAGCGCCUUCCAUCCGCGCAGUCCCUGUUUUUGCCGUCCAGCCCCGUCUUCCCUGCACUGUCUGUUUAUCUAGAACGGAGCCCUAGGUUUCAGAUUAGUUGUCAGUGAUGGAGCAUGGGUCACACUCUGAUCAGAGUAAAUCAACUUUUUCUCUGGCAGAUGAGGAUCAUACAUUUGCAAAUUCUAUGAGAUUCACAUUAAAUCAAGAUCCAAGAGUUACAUUUUGUGGGUACAGCAUUCCUCAUCCGUCCGAUAACCGCGUUAACAUCAGAGUCCAGACAACAGGGGAUCCGGCACGAGAAGUUUUAAAGGAUGCAUGUCAAGAUCUGAUGCUUAUCUGCCAACAUGUAAGGAGCACUUUUGAUAAGGCUAUCAGUGAUUUCAAAAAGAGCGAGACUGUAGAGAUUGAUGAUUCUGAAUAGUAAUAUUUUCUAGUUAUAUACUUGAUUGUUAUUUUGUGGAGUGUUGAUUCUCCACUGUGUAUGGUUGGCAUCAAGUUUUCAUUAAUAUAAAAGACCGUUUUUGCUUUCAAUGAUGUGUU